AUGAGCUGGUUUGAACCUACAUUCAUCCUACAGACCAGGUAUAUAACGGGUGCGAGGAAGAUUAUCACAAGUGGGUAUGAGAAGCUUGAGCAGUACAGAGACUCUCCAUUUGUAGUGAGGAGAUACGAUGUCGACAUAUCGGUGCUACCGAACAAGUAUUUGAAUGAGCUGAGACUGUAUCCGAACACCAAGCUCAGCGGCGUGAAGGCACAGGUUAAGAACCUUGUUGACAAAUGGACCUACACAACAUUGAUGAUCGAAUCGAACUUGCACAUUCGCGUCCUUCAAAACAAGCUUACGGCUGAAUUAGCCAAGUACCUUGACAUCGCAAAAACCGAGCUCAACCAUGGAUGGCCGCUUGAUAUUCCACAGCCCGACGACUGGAUCGAAGUCGACAUGCAACAAAUGAUGCGCAUGCUCGUUGGCCGCAUGUCCGCCAAAAUCUUCCUCGGCCACCCAGCCUGCCGUAACAUGGAAUGGCUCAAGCUAUCUAUCGACUUCAGCAUCGACAUGUUCACUGCUGCAUUCAUGCUUCGAAUGUUCCCUCCGUGGCUGCACCCUAUCGUCGCAUGGCUGGUCCCGGCGCGGUACCGCGUGAGGCGGAACCUCAAGACUGCCGAACGUAUCAUUGGCCCGCUUAUGGAUAAACACCGGGAUGCGCUGAAGAGGAAAGCAGCAGGUGAAAGCAUAGAGGAAGAUGAUACCUUAUUAAAUUGGAUGAUGGAUAAUGGAAAUGAGAAAGAGAACCGGUUGUUCGAGAUGGCGACUCGACAGUCUAUCUUGACCCUUGCAAGUAUCCAUACCACAUCUAUGGGAGUGGCAAAUAUGCUAUUUGAUCUUUGUGCCCAUCCGGAGUGGUUCCCAGUGCUGAGAGAGGAGAUCCAGCAAGUAGAGAAGGAGCUGGGGAAGCUGGGAGAGAGGGAAGGUGCUGGGGCUAAGCAGUGGCUGCCUAAGUUGGAAAAAAUGGACUCUUUCUUCGUGGAGUCACAGCGGUUUAAUCCUCCUAUUCUUCUCGCACCGCAGCGGUUAGCGGUCGUACCGAUUACCUUAAAAGACGGCACGCACAUCCCCGCCGGAACCCGAAUUGCCUGCGCUAACUGGAACAUCCUAAAUGACCCAUCCACAACGCCAUCACCAGACACCUUCGAUCCUAUGCGCUCGUACCGCAAGCGCCAUGAGUCCGGAGAGUUUAAUAAGCAUCUCGCUGGCCAGACCGACAAAGACAAUCUCUCGUUUGGCCACGGCAAACAAGCGUGCCCGGGGAGGUACUUUGCUGUGGGCGAGAUUAAGAUGAUCCUUGCAAGGUUGCUUGUGGAGUUUGAGUUCAAGUAUCCGAAGGGGAAGGGUAGGCCGAGUAAUUUUUAUGCGGAUGAGAACGUUUUUCCGGAUCCGUGGGCUAGGCUGUUAAUGAGGAAGAGGAGAGAGGCUUGUCAGGCUUGUGGGCGGUCGUGA